UACUUUUGCGCCCACGUCUUUAGCAUGAAACCAGGGCCCUGCAUACUGAGCUUGUUGCAUGCCUAAGCCAGGAGCACCUUUAAGAGAGCAAACAUGGACGAAUAUGGAGUAUGGUGGUGGCCGUGUCCAGCCCCGUUCUCCCAGGCCCGCGAGUAUUGCCGAUUUGUCAUUGCUGGUCGUGGAUACCGGGGUCUUUUGCACGGGCCGUUUCGAAUCUAAAACUAUUUUAUAAACACCGGACCACAAAAGAUAAAACAAGCGGGCCAAUUGGUCAGAUAGUUCGCAAUAACGGAACUACAGAAGAGGAAAGAAGAAGAAGGGAGAUGAGCUGGCUUACUUCUGGUGGGGACCUCAUAAACCACUUCCAUUUCUGAUCUCAGUGAGGCCCGAGAAAGCCGUUGGGUGCGCUCCGUAUUUCCUGUAGUGAGAUCCUGGGACACACUCACUCACACAUUGUGGCUAAGGUACAAGACAGAUGGAACUAUUACCGAGUACCGACACGCCUAUGCAGCGUUCUAAUUCCC